UGCUACUUUUGCCUUCAUUUGUCUCUUGUAAGUUUUAUACUUUCGUGCCACCAACAGACUUAAAGAACUUUGUUUUUAGAUGAAUUUUAAAUAGAACUAUAGAAGGAUGUAGUUUUAUUUAGAACGAGAAGGUUGUUGUUCAAAUAGGUAGAAAUAGCAUGUUCAUACUCACUCCAUCCAUUUAUUUUGCUCCCUCAACUUUUGGGGCGAGUUCUUUUGGGUAGGGUGGCAGUUAAAAGCGAUGGAUGAAGUAUCUCCAUAAGAACUCUACUAGUCAAAAAAGAAAAUAUGUGAAAUAAACAUCUUGAUGUAUCCAAGGAUAACCAAGCGCUAUUGACUGAUUUGCAAUCCCAUUUGCCCUUGGAUUCACAAUUUGCCAAAAAUAAGCCAGAAUUAGAUCAACGUUACCCGUAUGCUAGUCUCAAAUCGCAAUUUGUAUGAGGAUUAGUCAAUUAGGCGAUGCUGCUGCCAAAUCUACAAAAGCAUGCUUCCAAAUGUUGUUGAGCUUUGCAACUUCAUGUCCUGUGUUUAUAUCUCUUUAUUAUUUACUUGACCUUGUUUAGCUCGUUAAAGAUGUUGCCUAAACUAGAUGUAUUAUUGCUUGAUUUAAGAAAUAAAUUCCUAAUCAAGGUGAUUUACAAUAUCUUAUAAUUAGGUUAGAUUACUAUUUUAGUAUUACGUGUGUUUGCUGUUUUGUGAAUUUUGCAGAUGUGCUGAAAAUAUUUUCGCUUUUCUGUUUCUGUAUUUAUUAUAUACUUAAGUUAAUAAUUAGGAGCGUUGUUAUUGCCCAUUAUUAAAGCCCAUUAUAUAAAACUAUAGUUGCAAAUACUUUCAAGAGCCAUUCUAAGUUUCUAAAAUUUGAUGCUUCCAUUUUGAGCAUUGUGAUGUCAUCAUGAUAACGAGGAACAAACAAUUUUGACUUCUUGUUGGUAUGAAAACUAUUCUUUCCGUCAAGUUAUAUCCAUAAUCACUAAGAUGAACUGUGGCCUCACUUGCAUGGUAUGCUAGCUUUAGCUUGUUGUAUCAAUUGUUCCUCCCCUGCUCCUUGCUUUUCUUGGUUGCUAAAGUGUUUAUGUUUCAUGUAGCAUCUAUUUUCUUGAGAAAGCUUUUAAGCUCAUUAGAAUUCUUACUCGUAGCAAAUUAUAGCAAAUUGCCUGAAAAGUGAAAACUAUGGAUUUGUUCCUCUUUAGUUUCCAACCUUCUCUAAACCACAUUCAUUAUGCUUAAACAACUGGAGACCCACUCAUGCAUCUCAUGACCUCAAGUUAUUAUUGUGUAUUACUCUAUAUAAUACAACAGUAGCAGAGUUUUAUUAGAAUGCCCAAUGUGAGGGAUUUAAAUUUUUAUGAACCUUAAAACUUUUUUAGAUUAGUAAGUCAAAAUCAACAUUUUUUUUAUAAUAUUUCUGAAGAAGCUGUGCAGCCUUUCUUCUAUAGUGAUAGGACAACCAUCCCAAUUUUCCCAAUUCAAGGCACACUGAUAAAUGUCACAUCAAUCAUGAUAGUUAAGUGUGUGUUUCAUCAUCCAUAUUAUUCUUCUAUCAUCAUCAAUUGUGAAUGAUCAAGUGUAUUGGGAUUCAGAAGCAUAAACUUUUGAAUCUUGGAUUCCAACAUAAAUACUAAUAAUGAGACCAAUAACAAGGUUGUUAUUGUCUUACAGAACAUUGAAGGGAAGGCAUUUGGGUAAUGAUUAUUUUUUGGAAAGGGUAAAGUAACUAGAUAGCAGAUUGGAAGUUGAUUAGCAUGUCUCAUAUGACAAUAUUACAUUGCCCUAAUGCCAUUAGCUCUCGUUUAGGCAGUAUAAUGGGGUAAGAGAAAAGCCACCUUACCCUUGUAAAAAACCAUGAGGCAUUUACAAUUGACCCUUGAUUGCAAACACCACCAACUUCACUUAACAAAAAAGUGCACAUCAUUUACGGUUUUCAAGUCAGAAGUUCAGGUGAAACAAGGAAUCAGACCUGAUCUAGGAUCCCCAGGAGAAGGUGGUUCGACUUUCCGUGUUCUCCUUAGUCCAUACUCUUGGAAAGAAAGCUAAUAAAGACAAGAGCCUUUCGACCUUUCAUCCCUCACGAAGAGAGCCUAUUAUCUAAGCGGUUCCUUUAGUGCUGAUUCCGAUGUCGGUAUUAGCAAUUAAUUAUGAAGUCAAACUGUGAGACUGCAGGAAGAGCUCAACGUCUCUAAGAAUCUUGUUCGAUUGUCAAUUUUAAACCACUAUACGAUUUCUUGAAAAACAUAGUCAGAUAACAAAUGGUAAUUUUUAAUUGUAGUCUUGUCCGAUUGUCAAUCUUAAACCACUAUACGAUUUCUUGAAAAACAUAGCCGGAGAACAAGUGGUAAUUUUUAAUUCGUAAUCUUGUCCGAUUGUCAAUCUUAAACCACUAUACGAUUUCUUGAAAAACAUAGUCAGAUAACAAAUGGUAAUUUUAAAUUCGUAGUCUUGUCCGAUUGUCAAUCUUAAACCACUAUACGAUUUCUUGAAAAACAUAGUCACAUAACAAAUUGUAAUUUUUGAUUCGUCUUUCACUCGAAGGAAAAUAGAUAUUAAUUUAGAUCCGAUCUUUACAGGUGGUGAUGUUCUUGAUGCCUCGGGUCUAGAAGUGUAAGGAAAGGGUUUUUGGCUACAGCAAUGAUUACCUCUAUAGCUGGUCUUCUCAGUGCAGUUGCUCCUAACUAUAUCAUAUUAAUAAUGUGCCGUUGUUUGGUUGGCGUUGGUGUGGGAGGUGGUCCUGUAUUAUUGGCUUGGUUUUUAGAGUUUGUACCUGCACCAAGAAGGGGUACUUGGUUGAUUAUUUUUCAAGGAUUUUGGACUAUCGGUACAGUUAUUGAGGCCGCUCUAGCAUGGAUCAUUAUGCCAAGGUGGGGAUGGAGGUAUUUACUUGGUCUGUCUGCACUACCUGCUUUUCUUUUGCUUGUCUUCUAUGUCGUGGUGCCUGAAUCUCCAAGGUACUUGUGUCUAAAAGGAGAAAAAUAUGGCGCCUUGCAAAUUUUGGAGAGAAUAUCUAAACAUAAUAAGAGAGAGUUGCCACCAGGUGUUCUUUGCACUGAUAUUGAAAUUGAGCAAUUAAGUGGUCUACCUCCGGAGCGUAAACCAUUGUUACCUAGUGUACAUGAAGCACCCACACCUUCCAAAGGCAAUGAAGCUCAUACCGGAAUUCUUGAAUCCUUGUCGAUGCUUCUUUCACCGAAAUUAAUCAGGUCGACCUUGCUUUUGUGGGUCGUAUUCUUUGGAAAUGCCUUUACUUAUUAUGGCCUUGUGCUACUGACCACCGAGUUAAAUAAGACUGAUAGUACAUGUUAUCUGAGAAAGCUAGGCUCAGAAGAGGUUGCUGAUAUUAAUUACCGUAAUGUCUUUAUUACCAGCUUUGCCGAACUUCCGGGGCUUAUCCUGGCUGCUGUCAUUGUCGAUAGACUUGGUCGUAAGGUUUCGAUGGCAGCUUUGCUGCUUUUGUGUUUCAUCUUCAUGUUGCCGCUGAUGAUCCAUCAGUCAGCGGGACUAACAACUGCUCUUCUCUUUGGAGCUCGAGCGUGCAUUAUGGGAUCCUUCACACUUAUGUUUUUAUAUGCUCCAGAGAUAUAUCCAACUGUUGUGCGGAGUACUGGUGUUGGACUUGGGAGUUCGAUGGCAAGAAUAGGUGGAAUGAUUGCUCCUUUGGUGGCCAUAAGCUUGGUACACGGAUGUCAUCAAACUCUUGCGAUCCUCCUGUUUGUUAGCGUCGUAUUACUUUCUGGGAUAUGUGUCUUGUUGUUUCCUAUUGAAACAAUGGGUCGGGAGUUAACUGAUAGCUUUUUCGAUAGUAGUACCUACGAGCGGAUGGUAUCCUAAGUUUAUGUGUCAUCAGUGUCGUAUUUAUUUGUUCACACCAAAGCUUAUGAGGUCGUGGCCUAGUGCUCAAAACCGAGGUCUUGAACACAUUAUGUUCAAGAUUUCAAUUGGAUCAUUGUAUUGAUUUUCUAAAUUUUUAAACCCUUAAAGGUAAAAGUAGGAUAUUUCUUGUAGAAGCGGUAUGAUGUAUGACUUGUUCUUGUUUGUUUGUUUAAUACAAUAAGAUCAAUUUGUCCUCA